AUGCCGCGAGAUCAAACAAACGCCGGCGUCGGCGCCGCCGGCCGCGACGGUGUGAAGCUCUCGCCGGACAUGGUGGCGAACAUCCACGGCCGGCUUGGCAUCCUCGAUCGGCUCGCCUUCGCGUCGGUGUUCCGCGAGUCGUGCGAAGCGUUGGAGGCGCCGUGGAUCAUCCUCCCCGGCAAGACCCCGGAGAAGGCGACGCUCUUCUCACUCGUGGACCAGCGCUCCGUGGUGGUGCACGCCCCGGAACCCGCGCUGCGCGGGCACGCCAUCAUCGGCUCCUCCAGCGGGUGGCUGGCCACCGCCGACGGCAGGGGCCGGAUGAGCCUUGUCAACCCGGUGAGCGGCGAGCAGCGCGCUCUCCCGGCCAUCACCACCAUCCCAGGCCUGGAGGAGGAGUAUGACGGGGUCUUCGCCUUCCCGCUAAAACCCUUCGUCAGGGGGCCCCCGUACGCCGGCGGCCGCGAGCCGUGCGGGUCGUUCACGAUGAAGGCUGAGCACAUGCGUGGCUACCUCUACCGUAAGGUGGUCCUCUCGGAUUCCCCCGGUGGUGGAGGCUACGGCACCGCCAUGCUGAUUACGGGCCAGCAGUUUGGUGUGGUGGCCUUCGCGACGGCCAAGGACGCGGCGUGGAGGCUGGCUCCCUCGCGCGACGGCGUGGAGGACGCCAUCCACCACGACGGCAGGUUCUACUCCGUCACGUACUCGGGUGCCGUGGAAGCGUGGGAGCACGACGCGGACACCGGCGAGUUCAUGAGUAAGGCUGUCACGCCGAGGCUUGACAAUAAUGCCGACGGCGGCGACCCGACGUGCCACCGCAAGUACCUCGUGGCGGCGCCGGGCGGGCAGCUGAUGGUCGUGCUCAAGCACUGGAAGGAGACCAAGGACGACGAGUUCGACAGUGGGCGGUGGACCUGCUCAUUCAAGGUGCAGGUCCUGGAGGGAGGGCAGUGGAAGGAGAGGGACGACAUCGGCGAGGGCGCGCUGUUCAUCGGGGCCAACGAGUCUGUGUACGUGUCGACGAGGGUGCACCUGGAUCUCAAGGACGGCCACGUCUACUACACGGAGGAUGAUCUGAGUUUCUGGGGGAACUGUCGCUGCGACAAAGACCGGCGUGUCGUCCGGGUGUUCUGCCUCAAGGACGGCACGGAGGGGAAUGUCGAGGGGCUCGGGCAGCACUGGAGCUGGCCUCCGCCGGCGUGGUUCACGCCUUGA